ACAGACACCAAGAGCUGGGUUUGAACUGUGCUGUAAACAGUACCUGCAAAAUGGGAGACGCCUCAGUCGCAUCAGGACAGCAGUUGCCCGAGCCAAAUCUCAGUGUCAAUGGUGAGAGGGUCGAGACAUACAGCGAUAUCAAACCAACCGAUGUCGUUUAUCCCGACACCCCGGAAGUCCCGGCCCUUCACCAACGGGCAUUGCCUUUACGACCAUAUGGAGAUCACAUCCCUCCAAAAGGCAUUCGCAAGCCUGUAGCGGUUCCCAAAGACCGGGCUCUCUUCGCAAACCCGAAUCUGCCGAAUCUGUUCUCGGGUUCCGAGGUACAGCGUGUGGACCUGACUCCGUCGCUGGGGACAUUGAUCACUGGGAUCCAGCUGAAUGCAUUGACGGAUGCGCAAAAGGAUGAGCUGGCGUUGCUGGUUGCACAUCGUGGGGUAGUCUUCUUCCGUGAUCAAGACAUCACGCCCGAAGAGCAGCGAAAGCUGUUCGACUACUAUGGUGUUCCUGAAGAAGGGGUCGAUCCAGAGAAUACAAAACCCAAGACCCACACCAUCCAGGAACAGGAAGAGGAUUAUCGAGGUGUCUAUGUCCACUUCAAGUGGCCGUUCGCCGACUUCCACGCGGACAGUAGCUUUCAGGCGAAUCCUCCGUCUUUCUCACUCUUGAAGAUCGACACUCUGCCUCCAACUGGUGGCGACACAGCUUGGAUCUCGGGUUACGGGACGUACGAGACAUUGUCCAAGCCUUUGCGAACCUUUCUGGACGGGCUGAGUGCAUGGCACACAUCAGGUCUUGUCUACGACUCGGUGACAAACUUCUGGGGCAAACAACUUCCAGAAAGACCGGUAGAGACGCUUCAUCCCGUGGUGCGGACACAUCCAGUCACUGGCUACCAGGUGUUGAACCUGAAUUCCGGUUUCGUGGAUCGAAUUGACGGCCUGAAACGUUACGAGUCGGACAAACUUCUGGAACUGCUCUUCACACAUAUCCACACUGCCCAGGACCACACGGUCCGAUUCAAAUGGGAGAAGAACUCGGCGGCUUUGUGGGACAACCGGUAUUGUGCUGUUACUCACCGCGCCACUCAUGACUAUGCGCCGCUCCUGCGGAAAGGAACGCGUGUCACCAUCAAGGGCCAGAUCCCUCAACAUUCACCCGAAGGCAUAACGAGGCGCGAAGGGGUGAUUCGAGCUUUGGAGGCUGGCAAGGUCUCGGCAGUCCAUGAUGCCAACACCCGCAAUGGAGAUUAUAAAUCGAGAGGACUGCCUAAGAGGUUCGGAUGA